AUGUCUGCCUCAACGCCAAAGCCCAAGCCGACAGUACCUGUCGCGCUUUCAGCAGAGGCUAUCGAUGACAUCAUUUACGAUGCACGAGCCGGUGAUCUCGAAGCCUUGAACGCGGACAUUGCCUCUCUUGCUACACAGCACAGCUGUCCAGAGUCGCACAUCGUUGCUUCCAUCAUUGACAUGGAAGAUCUGAGCGCAGGCGGGACGGGUUCUUGCGUGCUUCAUUUCCCCGCCGCGAAUGGAAACAGCGAAAUUCUCACCACUUUGCUCCAAAAGCUGUCUUCGCUGGACACUGCCCAGCAGACAGCUUUUGUCAACCACCCCAAUCAUUCCGGCAAUACGCCUCUCCACUGGGCUGCGCUGAACACACACCUGGAAUGUGUCAAGGCUCUUGUUGAGGCUGGUGCAGACGUUGCGAUCAAGAAUGAUGCGGGCCACGACGCUGUGUUCUUGGCUGAGCGCGCGGCUUGGUCUGCCGCCGCCGAGGAAGAGGGUGAUGCUGCACAGGCCGCCGACGAGCCCCAGGAGAUUGAAAUGACCAUUGGUGAGGAGGAGCAGGGUCAACAGCAACAGGCUGAUGCUGGCGAGAUGUCUGCUGGCAGACAGGUUGUUGAGUGGUUGCUGAGCUCUGAGAAGGCGGCCGGGUUGGAGAGCAGCGCCACGGAGGGCGACAAGUCUGCAUGA